UUUCAGACAGUUCUAAUCUUGAAGAAUCAGGAACUAAAUAUCGACACUACAUCACAAAAUGAAGGAGGGAAGCAUUGGGAGCUCUUCAAGCCUUGAAAUUAUAGAUCCGAAGGAACUUGAGGAUCAACUUUUUGACGCUUCAGCUGAUGUAGAGGAGAGAAAGGAAGCUGAGAGUAAGUCGGUUACCUCUGACGUUGAAAGUGAUCUCACUACCUCACAAUAUUCACAGGUGGUUUUCAAUGACGUGCUCGACGUAUAUCCCAACAAUGAGGAUAUUGUAGUCAGGUUUGAUGUACUAAGUGGAGAAGAUGAGGAGAAGGGAAAAGUUGGAAUAUUCAAAACUCCAUACUUGGAUCCCACGGAAUUCCUUGUGUUCGCCUGGGGAGAAGGGGGCGAGGCUAAAUUUGACGCCAAAUAUCUGCCAUCGGAGACAGAUUUCUAUCAGUUCCAGUAUAUUACGAAGGAUGGUAGAAUAACUGGAGCUAGUAUACCCUGGCAGCUAGAAGUAAUACCAGGAACUGAGAACAUCACGGCGGAAGUACAAGGUAGAGGAUUUGAUAGAGUAGAACAGUUCGAUGUAGCCUUAGUCGAGAGGGAAGCAGAAGUAUUAGCUGAAAAGGCGGAAAUAGUGAAAGAGAAGGCGGAUGUUGUUGAAGAGAAGGCGAAGGUUGCUGAAGAGGAGAAGAUUGUUGAAAAGAAUUCGGAGGAAGUUAAAGAGAAGUCGGACGUUGAGAAGGGGGAUGCCUUGAAUGAUGUUGAGCACAAGGAAACCAAGAAGGAUAGGAUUAAGAAGAUUCUGUCCCAGUUGACUGGCGCCAAAUCUACCCUAUCCAACCUUGCCGUCGCUGAGCAAAUUAAGGAGCUCGAGAUAAGAACUGAAGAUGAAUUGGCAGAGUUGGUUGAAACCGUUAUUAAAUUCAUCAAACCUGAAAUUUUCUCAAAUUUUGCGGAUUUAUGCAAGCUGCUGAAAAAUAUGAAAAUUCCCUCUGGAAUAUCAUUCGGACAAAUUCUUCAGGAAUCCAAGCAGAAAUAUGAGCUAGAACCUGAAUUCGUAAACCUUCUGGUAGAUAAUGGUCUCCUCUCUACAGACCCCAACAGCAGCACUGUAGAGAGCGACGACAUCGAAGACGAAUUUGUGAUGGCCAACGACGAGGAGGGAAGCGGCGAAGCAUCUGAGACUGGAGGAACUGUAGGAAACCAAAAGGAAGAUCCAAAGAAAAUCGAGACAAGCAAAGAAGUUCUUGUAAAUCCAUCUUCGGACGAUCAAAGCCUUGUGUUUGUGUUUUCAACCUUGGGUGCUAGGUUGGAAAGCGCUGAGAAACUGUUUGUAGAGAAAACUUCUGAAUUUGAACAGCUCAAAAUCUCGCUACAGGAUCAAGCAGUCAAACAUUCUGAGGAGGCCGACUCAUUGAAGGCCAAGCUGGAAGAGUUGGAAGUUGUCAAGCAAGAGCUGGAGGUUCAAGUUUUCAGCCUCCAAGAGGAGAAGAGGAGUAUACUGGCCUCCCUGGAGGACAAGGAGUCCAGUAUUGUUGUUCUGGAGGAUGAAUAUAGGUCCAUGCUGACUAAACUCACUGCCCUGGAGGAAAUUGAGAAAAUAAAAGAACAGAAACUUAUUGAGAACAGUCUUCAGAGAAGCGAAGAAUUGAUUAACACUACAAACAUCCGUCUAAACCAGAUGGAGGAGGCCGCCUUGUCCUCCAGAGACAAGCUGCAGAAAACCUCCGAGGAUCUUGAGAGAAGUGAGAGAGAACGGUUGAGGCUGGAGGCCGAGCUUCAGAUGACGCGAAAGCAAGGGGACGAGGAGAAGAGGAAGCUGAACAAGGAGAAGGAGGAGGAGUUGAUCAAGAUCCAGAUGGAGCUGGAGAUUCAAAGGUCGGAGAAAUCUGAGCUGCUGAAUAAACUGAUGCAGGAGAUUAAUAAAAGGGAGUCCCUGCUUGAUGCGAGGGACGAACUGAUAAAGGAAAUUAUUUCCCUGAAAUCUGGCAAGGAGAUUCUUGAAAAUGAGUUGAAGGAAGCAAAUCUUAUGCUUGAAGCAGCCCAGAGUAGUAAGGAAACCGCGGGCCUGGAGAUAAUUCAGCUUGAGAGAAGAAUUCAAGAACUGAAUUCAAUCAAGGAGGAGAGUCAGCUCCAGAGAAGUGUUGGAGAUGAAAACCAACCUCAGACAAAAUCUGGUGUGAGGGGUGAGGUUGAGGUUGACACUGCACUGGUUGGAGUACUCACCAGUCUAGGUUCAAGACUAGAGGCAGCUACCUCCAGGAUCAAGGAGCUGGAGGAGCAGAAGCUCCUAUCUAGAGAUGAAAGUCUGGAGAUCCAUGAAGCUGCUCUUAAGGAUGCUGAUCAUAAUGUUCAGAAACUAACUGUUCUCAAUCAGAAACUGGAGGAAGAUAAGUUGCAAUUGUUGAAGGAGAAGCUGGAGGUUGAGGAGAACCUGGAGAACAAGGAGGCAGAGAACAAGGACCUAAGAACUAGGCUCCAGACUGGGCACACUAUGUAUGGUCGGGUAUCAAAGGAGAAGAAGGAGAAAGCUGAAGAAAUUCGAAGGCUCAAUUCACUUAUCGUAAAUCUUAAAUCAGAGAUUGAGAUUUUGAAAGUUGAAAGAGGUUUACCCCACCUUAUUACUGAGAAUGAAUCUGUUAACACAGCAACAGAGCCUAAGUAUAUUGUGUCGGCAGCACUAGCCCGUAUAGUAGGAGAACAGAAGAUAUCGAGAGAUGAGAUUAGUAGACGUAUCCUUAACUAUCUCAGAUCUAACGAUCUGUUGGACGAGACGAAGACGUUCUUCAACCCAGACUCGAAUCUGGUCGACGUUUUUGGUUGGGAGAGGAGGAACGUGCACAAGAUGGGAGACUUCAUCUCAGCACACAUAACCGAGUAUACAGGAACAGUAACACCAACAGAUGAGAGUUUUGCCAACAGCUCCUUCAGUUCUAUGUACAGCGGGUCCAACUACAGCAACAGCAACUUGGAUAGCUUCAGGAUUGAGGAACAGUUACUUGUUAGCUCAAAGAGUGCUGUUAGUCCCACUGUAGAAUUAGAGAACACCGGAGCUAAACCUAAACAUCCAUCAUUAAUCUCCUCAAAACGGGAUGAGCUUCCUACCCCCUUGGAACCAGAGAAGAUGGAUUGCAGUCCCGGGAUCCCGGAGCUCAGGGCCAGAUCUCCAGCCAGGUAUAGUUCUGGAGAGAUGAAGGAGGAACUACAAUGUCCAGUCUGUAAACUACAGUUUAAGGAUAUUACCGGAAAUGAUCCCGUCUACCUAAAGCAUAUUGAAGACCACAUGCUGCCCGAGUGCCCGAUCUGCUUCAAGACCUUCCAGGCCGGGCAGGAGAAGAAGCUAGAGAAGCAUGUCAACACACACUUCAAGGAUGACGACGGUGUUCUGAACUGGGAUCUAGGAAUAGAUUAAAAAUAUUCAUAAACCUGGCCGUAGUUCAGCCUAAACCGGUUUAUUUCUCACUUGCUGACUGAACCGGUUAUGAGCCUAUGUACCGUACAGAAGAAAAGUUGUUCAAUUUGUUUAGUAAAGCUGAAAAUUGAUUUUGUUUUGUUUAAAAUUACCAAUUUUUCUUCGGCCAUUUAAUUUGUUUAGCAUUUAAAUAUAUGGGUCUUUCUUUGAAUGUAAAUACAUCACAAUAUAGUAGAAUAAAUUAAAGUAAAAUUUAA